AUUCCAAGUAGGGAGUAAUAACAAAUAAAAAGUUUUCAUAAAAAAAAAACCAAAGUAAAACAUAAACGUCGCUAAAAUGCCAGCUGACUCGGUUUCAAGAAUGAACUCGUCCGGUUCUGGUGGCGAGGCUAAUACGCCCGAGAAUUUGCUUGGUACCUCACCUGGUGCCUCAAGUUUACGUAGCCGCACUGAGAGUGAAAGCUCUGAUAAAUUGGCACGUUUCAUUUUGCCCAGUAUGGACGGUAGUCCACCGAAGGUGCUUACACUCCACGAAGUGGGUGAUGUGCUAAAAAAUAUACAGAAUAUGGAGCUGGUGCAUGAAAUUGCGAUCAACCCAGAGUUUAAGUUUGAGCCAUAUGAACCACCAGAGAACAGCCUUGAACGUCUCAUCAAGGACAUCAUGCACAAGGCCUUCUGGGAUGUGCUGCGCAACCAGUUGAAUGAAAAUCCACCUUGUUACGAUCACGCUAUCCAAUUGCUAGCCGAGAUUAAAGAUUGUUUUCCCCAAAUUCUUUCGCAAAAUAAUACACGCGCUUUGGAGCACAUCAAUGAAAUACUUGAUAUCGACGUUAUAAAGCAACAGGCAGAGGAGGGUGUGCUCGAUUUCCGAUCAUAUGCCAAUUUUGUCAUACAUGUUAUGGCAAAGUCAUGUGCACCCGCAAGGGAUGAACUUGUGCACCAGCUGACCGAAAUUGAAGAUGUGGUGCAUACUUUUAAGAAUAUACUCGAAACUAUGGCGCUAAUGAAAUUAGAUAUGGUGAACUGUUUAUUGGACUUUGCGCGCAACGACAUAAUGGCCAGUUCGGUGGAGUAUGAGAAGCAGAAAUUUAAAGAAUAUUUAGAGUAUUACAAAUUUGGCUUCCCGGCUACUGAAAACUGGUUGAAGAACAGUUGCAUGCAUGAUGCCAACAAUGUGCCCUGCUCACCAGAGCAAACCAUUUCCAAUGCUUACAUGGAGCUCAUGGAUUGGGAUGAGUCAAAAGAAUUUCCAGAGGUGCUUUCAAUUGACAAGGAACGUAUUUUAAAAUUGGGUCAACGUGCAAAACGUAUUUGUACAUGUGCUGCAGUAAUUUCUAUUUGCUCGGCAGUACCGAUUAUUUCGCAGCGUUCAGAAAACCGUGCCGCACUCGCCAAGCAAGUUGAAAUCAUCUUGCAAGACACGACCAAUGAGAGAGAGCUCUUGGAUUCGGUUGAAAAUGUUUGGCUGCAAGUUAAAUCUGUUAUAAACGAAUACUUGCAAAAAGACAAUCAGCCUGUGAUGGACGCCAAUACGGAAGGCAUGUUGAAGUCACAGAUAUUGCAAACGGGUAACAAAGAUUCACCUGUGCGCGCUCUAAUUUGGAAACGCUUUCAAACCUACUUCCGCUUGGCUAUGCGCUCUAGAGCUGGUUUGCCACCGCCACCGCCAGGCUAUGCUGACUUCAAAGAUGAGUUGGAGGCUUAUAGCACUGCCCUAAAACGCGUGAUUGCCUACAAUCAUUCCGUCUUCGGUGAAUACUUUAUGAAAAUCCUAACACAACCUCGCAUUACAAACAACGAGGCAACCACAAGCGAUGCAUCAGCGGCCGUAACAAGGGCCAUAGAGUCCCCGGAGGCAGCACCUAGUGGUCCUGCUGCUACUCCGACGGAGGAGAAGGCUAUCAAUAGCCAAUAAUGGAAUUACCCAAGCGUAUUGCAAAUAAUAGGUGGCGAUUGGCUGCGGUUAUGAGUGGUGCGGGUGACAAGUGCUGCCAUUGGCACAAAAUCGUUUAGAAAAACAGAUUUGUGGUAGACGAAGAAAGUAACAAUGCCCACAAUGCUGUGCCAGAAAUGCGUGCACAUGUAUGUAUGUGUGUCAGUUAGGCAACGAAGUUAUCUGGACAGCUGGAUUUAGCACUCCUUUAACUAUGGCAGAAACGGAUAAUAUUAGAAACAAGACAAUUUAAUUAGGAAAAUGAAGAAAUGCAAAAUCGAAUACCGUCGAAAUUAUUAAAAAAAUUAACAAAAUUACAAAUUCACUCAUUAAGCGCACGUGCUAUUAUUUAAAAAGAACUAUUUAACAAAAUUAGUUAAUAAAGAGAAAAGCCAAAUUAAUUGUGGAAAUAUACAUACAGAUAAAAAAAAAAUAGAAUUUGAGAUUAUAUUAAAAUGGCAGAAAUGCGUGCUAUUAAUAAAAAAAAAUUUAUGUUAAAACGCAGUCGCACAUACAUAUGUAUGCAUAAGAAACAGAAUACUUUAAAAUAAUUCAGCGAAUAUAUCGUUAGUUUUUAGGCUUUAUAUGUUAACAUUUUCAAGAAUUUUUGCAGAUGCCUGCUAAAUAUUGACAAGAAAGUUAUUUAUGAAUUGAACUCCCAACUUAACCACCAAUCAACCACAUUGAAGUGAUAUCGUUUUUAAUUUACCACAAUUUAACGAAUAAAUAUUGUCAUUUCCGCAUACCUAGAACAUAUGCAUGUAAACCUACUAAAUAUAAUGAAUUGAAAUUUUAGAGAAAGGAUAGUAGCAUUGCAAAUGAAAUGACGCAGUCAGGUUAUUGUUAUAAUUUAGAUAAAAUAUUUUAAUUUUUUUGUCGACA